AUACCCCGUUCGAAUUUGCAGUGCGUACUUUAUUUUGGGAAGGUCAAACAUUAUGUGGUUUGACCAACAAUUAGUAAAAUUGUAAGUAUAUUUAUAAUGAUAACCCUGCAACUAGAUUAUAAUAUUUCAAAGAUUUGCAGGAUAUUUGGUUUCAUAAAUUUUGUCAGAAAACACUCGUCAAAGCAAAGUUUUGAGGGAUUUGGUUAAACUCAAGCUAUUUUGAGUAACAAUUAAUUAAAUUUUAUUUUAUAAAUGGUUAAUGCAUAAAGAUUAUAUUAAUACAUCCACAUUUGACACAUCUACCUGGUUAAAUUGAAUCGACUUUGUAUAUAGAGUACUCUUGUAUAUAUAUUGACUUCAAAAGAAUUGUAUGAGUAGAUGGUCGGAAUAUACUUUUGAAGGUUUUUUCUUCUUCUAUGUAAAAAAGAAAAGUAUGUGUUGGUGGUGUAUUAUUCGUUUUUAUCUCAGAACAAAUUUAUGCAAAUGCUACAGCUAAAAUCUGCGAUUGGGUGCGAGGGACCCAGUGAUGACUAGUGCUUGUCCGGGCCAUCCGUUUCUGCAUCGGACGGCGCACAGCCACCCCUGGCGCGCCAGCAUGUGUUAUCCACGACUAGCGCCGUGCCCGGCGUCGGCGAUGGCGGCGGCCAGGCGGCUCUUCUCCUUCCACCUCGCCCUCCGCCCCCGCGAGCCCGCGAGCCCUCUCGCAACUGCCGCCACUGCCGUUGCGGUUCCGCACCGCCGCGGCAAGCACGAUGCGGUCGCGUGCAAGGCCACCGGGAAGACCAAGCCCAAGGCGAAGGCGAAGGCGAGCAACAAGGGCGGCGAGCGGCUGCAGAGGCGGCCGCUGGAGGAGCACCUCAAGCGGCGCACGCGCUCCGCGGCCGCCUUCGACACCGACCUGUACGGACGCCACGGCCACGCGCACCACGUGCCGGUGCUGCUCGGCGAGGUCCUCGCCGCCUUCCGCCGGCCCCGCCCGCUCCGCUCCUUCGUUGACUGCACCCUCGGCGCCGCCGGGCAUUCCCUCGCCAUGAUGGAGGCGCACCCGGAAAUGGAGCUGUACGUUGGCAUGGACGUCGACCCCACUGCCCUGGGGAUUGGCCGUGGUCACAUUGAGGCCUUCCUUGCUGAUAGAGAACCGAAUGGAGGGGAGCUGCGUGCCUACACUCACGUCAAGAACUUUAAGUACAUCAAGCAAGUUCUUGGUAGCGUGGACGAGAGCCUUGUUGUUGGCUUGUGUGGAGUUGAUGGCAUCCUCAUUGAUCUUGGCAUGUCAUCCAUGCAGGUUAGUCAGCUGAAUUAG